CCAGACUCCACAGAUGUGUCAGGGAAUAUCAAGAGACGGAAAUGUGCCGCGCUCAUUCCCUGGGCUUUGUAAUGUAUGGCAACGAGAGUACAAAACUGCCUAUAUGAACGACAGGCAGCAAGAAGUAUAAGUAUGAGCAGGUCUAAAAUCAAAUCCUUACCUUCAACAAAUUGUCACUUUAAAAGAUCUCUAGCGCUGAUCCAUUAUCCCGACAUGCAAUUUUUGACUAUGAGGGUGCUCAAUGCCCUGGCAUUCAUGCCCAGCGUUCUAGCUGCCGCACUAUCUCCCAUCCCCAUUGAUUCUAGAAGCCUCUCCGAUAUUUACGCAGCUGCACAGAAGGAGAGCGGUAUUCUCCGGGUCGUUCACGGUGGAGAUGAACUAAACCAAGCUGAUGCCUUGUUCGAUGCGUUCACGGCGAAAUUCCCAAAGAUCAACGUCAAUCACAGCGUUGAUCUCUCCAAGUAUCUCGAUGGCAGAAUCAACCAAGCGUUCCUGCAGAACGAAUUGUAUGCAGACCUGGCUAUCCUCCAGACACAACAUGACUAUGAUGGUUGGGAACAUGAGGGGUUGUUGUUGCAUUACAAGCCCCCAUCAUUCGAUAAGCUUUGGCCCAGCUUAACCAAUGCAAAUGGUGCCUAUCUACCAGUGUUUGCAGCUAGCUUCGGACCAUUCGUCUUUAAUGCCUCGGUAGUCCCAACAGCAGACAUUCCCAAGUCAUACGGAGAUAUGCUAGACCCGAAAUGGAAAGGAAAGAUUGUACUGACCUAUCCAAACGACGACGACGCCGUGCUAUACCUCUUCAAACUCAUCAUCCAGCAAUACGGUUGGGAAUGGCUGGACCAGCUCCUCGAACAAGAUGUCCAAUGGGUCCGUGGAACCGAUACACCGUCGGCGAUAAUGCUACGGGAUGAAAACAAGACAAUCUCCUUUACCACCUACCCUCCCGCCGAGGGUUGGGUUAGUGUGUCACCUGUCUCCGACCGAUACAUGAGCUGGACACAGACGAGCGCUAUCUUCAAGGACACAAAGCUCCCUGAAACUGCGAAGCUUCUCCAGGCAUAUUUGAUCUCGGAAGAGUUCCAGCUUACCAGGGGUGUUCCAUCGGUGCGCAAGGAUAUUGGAAAUAGUACUAUUUGGGACUCGGAGACUACGGAUUACGUGACUUUCCAUCAGUUCAUGGAGGAUAGAGAAAGUGUCGAGCAGUUGCGGUUUGUGUUUGAGGAUAAAAUUGGGACUGCGCAGGGGUUGAGCCCGCUUAUUGAUAAUAUCUUCUGAGAUUGGGGGGGGAAUGGCUGGAUGCCUAUGUAGCCAUUUUCUCAU